AUGGCGACGCUUAACAAGAUCACGGGAGGAGAAGACGAAGAAAAGGAGGAGGGAGGAAUAAACAGCGGCAUAAGGAGGGCGGAGGGGGGGCAGGAUGAGGGGACGGAAAACUGGACAUGCGUCACACAUAAUAAUAACAAUAAUAAUAAUAAUAAUAAUAAUAAUAAUAAUAAUAAUAAUAAUAAUCAGAACACCCUCACCUCUUUAAUGCCCCCGGGAAACGAAAUUGAGGAGAUAACGAAGAGAGGUUCGGGUGGGACGGCCGGAGCAUCGGGGCAGAGGCAACAACGGCAACGGCUGACUGCAGAGGAGGUUUACGACCAAAAUGAAGAGAAAUUCAACAAAGACCGCAAACGAACACAACUUAAGAAGAGUCGGCGAAGAGAGAAUAGAUCAAACUGUGUUGUGGAAAUGCGUGUGUGUGUGUGUGUGUGUCGAAGUUUACGAAGUCUCAGGAACUGCCGAAGUGGUAAGAAGGGCCGUCAACUGCAAAAGCGGGGAGGAAUGUUGAAUCAGGGCGUACAUAAGACGUGGAAAAGGAGGAGCAUUUGCAGUGCCACGUCGUGUAAAAGGCAGCAAGUAACAAAAGAGCGACGAAGACCUCUAGUUGAAGCCCUGAGCUUCCUCUCUCAGCAUAUUGAAGGCGAUGACCAGGUUGGCUGGAGGGAGAGCAUAAUGUGUGUGGAAAAGAAGGGGGCGUGCAAUGCAACAUUAAAGAGAGGGGGUACUUGCUGUGUGUGUGCAGUGCAACGGGCAGAGCGGGGGCGUGGCGGGGCGUGGCGGGGCGUCGCUGGCUUCCCGUGGUUGUUGCGCUGGCGACAGAACCUGACGGGGAGAGCUGCAGGGCGGCGGCGGCGGCGCGCGGCGGGCCCGGGGCGGCGGGCGGUGGCGGGGCGCCGAGGGCGGCUGGCGGCGGCGCUGCGCGCGGCGCUGGAGGGCAGCGGGGCGCGGCAGUGCGCGAGCUGCGCCGCGCGCAUCAAGAAGGAGCUGCGGGUCAGCGCGAGGGACUGCUCGCCGACCUCAAAGUCCAGGAGGACUGCCUCGCGACGCUCAAAGCCAGUGCCUGAGGGGAUGACGCGAUUGAACACAGGGAUGACGCGAUUGAACACAAAAGAAAGAUUGGACGUUGUUACUUCAUUGGAACACUCGGUGUAUAAUAAUAAUAAUAAUAAUAAUAAUAAUAAUAAUAAUAAUAAUAAUAAUAAUAAUAACGCGAAGGCGCAAUGA